AUGAAUUGUCCAAUACUUCCUAAAAAAACAAAACCAAAGAACAACAACAAUAGCAGCAGCAAGAUCGGUUGCCUUCCGCAUAACUUGGAAGAAAUCUCACAAUAUCCAGAGCCUACUAUGGAAGUACUUUUGGACGGACAAAUUAGGUAUUGGAUUGAUAAAAGGACAAAGGCAAAAUGCUUCUUCUUGUAUGCCAAAAAUCUACAUGUCCUAUGGUCAGAAGAAAGCAGUAAGUGGAGUCUUCCCCAAUACAAGGAGCAUCCAAGUGAUCAACCAGUUCAAGUUUAUGAAAUGGAAACAGUUCUAUCACUAGCUGUUGGUGGAAGUUUUGAUGCAACAAAGCUUUCACGGGGAGUAGAGUACAAAGUUUCACUUGUGGUGUUAUUGAAGAAAUUUCUUUCAGGAUGGGAAUUUCCACUGCAAACAAUACUUGUUAAGCCAGAUGGUACAAAAGAAAAUCAAAGUAUUGAAGAUCUUAUGGAAAAACCAAAAAGGGAAUGGAUAAAAAUUCAACUAGGGACUUUCAUCAUUCCACAAGAGAUGGAAAGUAUCACAAAUUUGGAAUUCUAUGUGCAUGAAAGGAAAGGUAGAAAACUUAAGAUGGGACUGGUCAUCAAAGGUGUUGAAAUUUCUGUCUAA